GUCUCGGGCUCGAGGAGGAGCCGCAGGAGGGAGCUGCCCUGCCUGCCGUGCGAGGCGGGGAUCGCCGCGCCGUGUUGGUGUGUUUGUGCUCUCCGUGCGCGGCUCUGCCCGGGCCGGCGGGGCCGAGCGGGCUCCCGAUCCCGGGGCUGCGGCGGGGAGGAGCCAGCGCCGCACGGAGCCGAGCGCCGGCAGCGCUCCCGCACCGCGCCGGGUCCCGCACCGCGCCCGCACCGGCACCGGCACCGGCACCGGCACCGGCACCGCUCCAAUUCCCCCGGCACCGGCACCGGCACCGGCACCGCUCCGACUGCCCCGGCACCGCCACCGCCACCGGCCCCGCUCCAAUUCCCCCGGCACCGGCACCGCCACCGGCACCGCUCCGACUGCCCCUGCUCCGCUACCGGCACCGGCACCGGCACCGCUCCAAUUCCCCCGGCACCGGCACCGCUCCAACUGCCCCCUGCUCGGCACCGGCACCGCUCCCCCGGCACCGGGACCGCUCCAACCGUUUUCCUGCUCCGGCACCGGCACCGGCUCCUCUCGUGUGCUCCGGCACCGCUCCAACCCUCUCCUGCUCCGGUACCGGCUCCGGCAUCCGCCCCGCUCCGGUGCCGGUCCCGCUCCAGCCGCUCUCCGGUGCCGGCCCCGCUCCGCUCGCAGCCCGGCCCCGUUCCCGAGCGGCCCCUGCUCUGCCCGCAGCACCGCCCCUGCUCUGCCCCGCAGGAAGGAGGAAGGGACACGGCAGGAGGGAGAGCGACCUGCUCGGCGGCCGGGCUCUGCCCUCCCUGGCAGCUCGAGGCAAGAUGAACAAGAUGAAAAACUUCAAGAGGAGGUUUUCGCUCUCGGUGCCGCGCACGGAGACCAUCGAGGAGUCUCUGACGGAGUUCACGGAGCAGUUCAACCAGCUCAACAACCAGAGGAACGAAGACCUGGCCCAGGGACACCUGCAGCUGGCACAGCUGGGCAGGGAGCUGGCAGCUGACGGCAGCCCGCUGUCCCCGCCGGAGGGACAGGAGGGACAGGGCCGCUCGCCGGUGGCCGCCGUGCGCUACCGCAACCACGGCCAGCGCCGCUGCUCCGUGGAGGACGUCAGCAAGCGCCUCUCGCUGCCCAUGGACAUCCGGCUGCCCCCCGAGUUCCUGCAGAAGCUGCAGAUGGAGAGCCUGGAGCUCCCCAAGCCCCUGAGCAGGAUGUCCCGCCGGGCCUCCCUCUCAGAUAUUGGCUUUGGGAAGCUGGAAACCUACGUUAAACUGGACAAACUGGGAGAGGGCACCUACGCCACGGUGUUCAAGGGCCGCAGCAAGCUGACGGAGAACCUGGUGGCGCUGAAGGAAAUCCGCCUGGAGCACGAGGAGGGCGCUCCUUGCACGGCCAUCCGGGAAGUGUCGCUGCUGAAGAACCUCAAACACGCCAACAUCGUCACCCUGCACGACAUCAUCCACACCGAGCGCUGCCUCACCCUCGUCUUCGAGUACCUGGACAACGACCUCAAGCAGUACCUGGAGAACUGCGGGAACCUGAUGAGCGUGCACAAUGUGAAGAUCUUCAUGUUCCAGCUGCUCCGUGGCCUGGCUUAUUGCCACGGCAGGAAAAUCCUGCACCGAGACCUCAAACCCCAGAACCUGCUCAUCAACGAGCGCGGGGAGCUCAAGCUGGCUGACUUCGGAUUAGCCAGGGCCAAGUCUGUCCCCACAAAAACCUACUCCAACGAGGUGGUGACGCUCUGGUACCGGCCCCCCGACGUCCUGCUGGGAUCCACCGAGUACUCCACGCCCAUCGACAUGUGGGGGGUCGGCUGCAUCCACUACGAGAUGGUGACGGGCCGGCCGAUGUUCCCCGGCUCCACGGUGAAGGAGGAGCUGCACCUCAUCUUCCGCCUGCUGGGAACCCCCACCGAGGACACCUGGCCCGGGAUAACGUCCAACGAGGAGUUCAAGGCUUACAACUUCAGCCAGCACCGAGCCCAGCCGCUGCUGAAUCACGCCCCGAGGCUGGACUCGGAAGGUGUUGACCUGCUGACAAAUCUGCUCCUGUACAGAGCCAAGGGCCGGAUCUCAGCCGAGGCAGCCCUGCAGCACCCCUACUUCAGGAGCCUGGGCGAGCGCGUGCACCUCCUGCCUGACACUGCCUCCAUCUUCUCCCUGAAGGAGAUCCAGCUGCAGCGGGACCCCGGGCAGCGCGGCUCGGCCUUCCAGCACUCAGCCCGCGGCAAGAACAGGCGGCAGAGCAUCUUUUAAACCUUUAAACCGGGACCGGCGGCGCCCUGGCUGCCGUGGAGAUGGAAGCGCUGAGAAGGGAGCGGCUCCCACCCGACCCUCGGCAGAAUUCCCGGCUCCAGCAGGACCCAAACCCCCGGGAGCUGCCCUCCAUGCACCUGUGGCCUUGUCCCCACCUUGUCUUGGUGUUGUCCCCUCUGAGAGGAGCUCCAGGGAGGAGCCUGUGCUGCCCCGGGAGGGUCAGGGGGGGAUCUGUGGGGUUUGGGGGCUCAGGAUGGGGAUCUGUGGGGUUUGAGGGCUCAGGAUGGGGAUCUGUGGAGUUUGGGGGCUCAGGAUGGGGAUUUGUGGGGUUUGAGGGCUCAGGAUGGGGAUCUGUGGAGUUUGGAGGUUCAGGGUCUGGGGAUUUGUGGGGUUUGGGGGCUCAGGGUCUGGGGAUUUGUGGGGUUUGGGGGCUCAGGGUCUGGGGAUCUGUGGGGUUUGGCCCAGGCAGGAGUUGCAGGAAAUGCCCCUUUGCUCAGACAAGCUGCCCUGCACCCCCUGGUUUUUGGGGAGACCACGUUAGGACUGCUGGGCACGGCCUGGCCUGGCACUGGGAGCACCUGGAGCACAUCUGGGCACAUCUGGGGCACAGGAACCAGGGCAGCCCCCCAUAUUUCACCUCUGCCUGCAGAACCCCCUUUCCCCUCCCUGUUUUGGUACCCGAAUCCAGCUGAGGGUGGAGCAGCCAGAAUUGCCCCUGCUGCCCCCAGCCUCUCCCAGUCCCUGCUCCCAAACUGGGAUAUCCCUACUCCCAAACUGGGAUAGCUCUGCUCCCAAACUGGGCUGUCCCUGCUCCCAAACUGGGAUAUCCCUACUCCCAAACUGGGAUAUCCCUACUCCCAAACUGGGAUAUCCCUACUCCCAAACUGGGAUAUCCCUACUCCCAAACUGGGAUAUCCCUACUCCCAAACUGGGAUAUCCCUGCCCCCAAACUGGGAUAUCCCUGCUCCCAAACUGGGAUAUCCCUGCUCCCAAACUGGGCUGUCCCUGCUCCCAAACUGGGAUAGCUCUGCUCCCAAACUGGGAUAUCCCUGCCCCCAAACUGGGAUAUCCCUGCUCCCAAACUGGGCUGUCCCUGCUCCCAAACUGGGAUAUCCCUGCUCCCAAACUGGGCUGUCCCUGCUCCCAAACUGGGAUAUCCCUGCUCCCAAACUGGGAUAUCCCUGCUCCCAAACUGGGAUAUCCCUGCUCCCAAACUGGGCUGUCCCUGCUCCCAAACUGGGAUAUCCCUGCUCCCAAACUGGGAUAUCCCUGCUCCCUAACUGGGAUAUCCCUGCCCCCAAACUGGGAUAUCCCUGCCCCCAAACUGGGAUAUCCCUGCUCCCAAACUGGGAUAUCCCUGCUCCCAAACUGGGAUGUCCCUGCUCCCAAACUGGGAUAUCCCUGCUCCCAAACUGGGAUGUCCCUGCUCCCAAACUGGGCUGUCCCUGCUCCCUAACUGGGAUGUCCCUGCUCCCAAACUGGGCUGUCCUGAGCCCGGGCAGGGCCUGGCACGGCUGCAGCUCCCCGGGCAGGGCUGUGGGCACCAGAAACAGCCCUGGGGAGCAGCGCAGAGCCCCCCAAACCCCUCAGACCCCAAACCCCUCAGCCCCUCACACCCCUCAGCCCCCCAAGCCCCUCAGCCGUGCCCAGCCUGGACAGGAUCGGUGCUCACAGAGCUUUGCUGCUGCCCCGGGGGGGUUUUCCCUCUCCUGACACUUUGGAGAUAAAUCCAUCCCUGCCAAGCUCUGCCCCCCAGCCUGGCACGGUGCGGGCAGGGCACGGAGCCCCUCUGCUCUGCUGUGCCAUGGGCUUGGCUUUCCUGGAGGAUCAGCUCCCUCUGCAUGUGGCUGGGACUGCUGGAGCUGGGACUGGCACCUGGGACUGGGACUGGCACCAAGACUGGGAUCCAGGACCAGGACUGGCACCAAGACUGGCACCCAGGACUGGGACUGGAACCCAGGACUGGCACCCAGGACCGGGACUGGCACUUGGCUCCGGGCUCCAGCUCUCCGUGGGGCUGUUCCCUCCUGCAGCAGGGAGUGAUUCCUUCAGCAAUCCUUGGAAAAUGCUCGGUGGGAGGGAAAAUGAGGCGAGCCCGGAGCUCCCCGGUGCCACCGGGGCUCUGUCCCAGACGAGUCUCCAGACGUCUGCAUUGUUUGAGGUUUGCCCAUCCCUGCUCUGCUCCCUUCCCGGCAUUUCCAGCCCGAAUUGUUCCCUAAUUGAUUCCAGGGGAUGGGGAAGAGCAGGGACAGCCCCCAGCCCCCAGUGACGCAUUCGGGGCCGUGUUUUCCUUGGGUCUCCUGGUUCCCUUUUCCCCUGGUCCCUCCUGGUGCCAUUUUUUCGUGGUUCCUCCUGGUUCCCUCUUUCCCUGGUCCCUCCUGGUUCCUUCUUUUCUUGGUUCCUUCUUUUCCUUUUCUCUCCUGGUCCAUUUUUCCCUGGUCCCUCCUGAUUCCUUCUUUUUCUGGUCUCUCCCAAUUCCAUAUUUUCCUGGUCCCACCUGGUUCCCUAUUUUCCUGUUUCCCUCUUUUCCUGGUCCCUCCUCAUUCCCUCUUUUCCCGUUUCCCUCUUUUCCUGGUCCCACCUGGUUCCCUAUUUUCCUGUUUCCCUCUUUUCCUGGUCCCUCCUCAUUCCCUCUUUUCCCGUUUCCCUCUUUUCCUGGUCCCACCUGUUUCCCUCUUUUCCUGGUCCCUCCUCAUUCCCUCUUUUCCCGUUUCUCUCUUUUCCUGGUCCCUCCUCAUUCCCUCUUUUCCCGUUUCUCUCUUUUCCUGGUCCCUCCUGCAGCUGGAGCCGGGCUGAGCUCUCCCAGUGCCAUCUUUUCCCCCACGGAGGAAUUUCCUUGGCCCCAGAGCUGCCCUGCCCAGGGCUCCUGCGGGAGCUCAGCAGGCAGGACAGGGACACGGCUCCUUCGGGUGCCCGGGGUGAGGAAUUCCAGGGAAUUCCCAGGGGAGCAGGGCCUGGAUCAGGGCAGGAACCCUCCCUGCCCCACCCGGGAUACCCCUGACCCGUCUUUGCUCAGUUUUCCUGCUCGUUUUUCCCAUUCCCAUACCCCGAGAGUGGCAGUGAACUUCCAGGGGCGCUGGUGCCACAUUCCCACGGGGGAUAUUCAGAUCCAGAUCCAAUAUUCCUGCUGCAGGGCAAGGAAAACUGCUGGGAGAAUCCCGCAGAGCCAGGCCAGCAUUCCCAGGAUCAGGAAAAGCCCUGCAGGCUCCUGUUUAUCCUUUCCCUUUUUCCCUAGAAAUCCCCCCAAAAGGGUGGGGGAUUAGGGUUUCCACCUCAUGAGAGAAUUCCCAACAUUUGGCAACGCCCAAAAUCCAAGAAAAACAGGAAUUUCUUCCCUCCUAAACUUUUUAUGGAGUGGAACAUUCCUUUCUUUAGAAUUCCAGCUUUCCCAAGGAAUUUUUGCCAGAUUUUUUGGGAUUUUUCCCCUCUGGAAUCACACCCAGAACCCCCCAACUUUACAUCAUUCCAGAGAAUUCCAGAGGGUUCCAAUCCCCCAUUACUGAUCAGCUCCCAAUCCCAGAUAACCCCCUUUAUCCCAGGCAUUUCAUGGAUAUUUGAUUCCCACUUGCAGUGCAAAUAUUUGGUGCCACGCUCUGAUCUCCACAGCUGGGAAAAAACAAACCUGGAGGCUGGCAGGGAUUAAAUCCCUAAGUUAAAUUCCUCUUCUCCACCUUUGGGAUUAAAUUCCAGCCCUUUUGGGCUGGAUUUAGGGAGAGAGAAACCCUCUGGAUGCCCCAUCCCUAAAAAACCCCAUCCCUGGGCAGGAUUUCCCAGGUUUUGGAGCCCCAAUUGGGAUUUUCAUGAAAAUGUUGGGAAUUUCCGUGGUUUUCCAGCGUUUUUUCUCCCUCAUUUCAUGGAUUCUCCCAUCCAGCACGUCCUGGAGCAGCCGCUGCUCCUGGCAGGCCAAAGGAAGUCGUUGCUUCUGGUUUUUCUUGGAAUUUUUUCCCUUUUUUUCUUAGCAGAAAGCAGGAAUUUUGGCAGUGCCCUGAGGAAAUGUGUAUUCCUGGUAUUCUUUUGUCUGGCCAGCUGAUGGCUGGGCGAGGAACAGAAUUAAAUCAAUGUGCAGAGCGAGGUCAGGCUUUGGGACAACAACAACAACACCAACAUUGAGGCAGAGCUGUUAAUUCCAUCCCUCCAUUCCCACACGGAUCCUCCUUCCCUGGCCCAACAGAUCCACGCGGAGAAGUCAAAAAACAAAACUCCUUUGGGUUUUGGAGGUUCGGCACAAAAGAAAUGUAUUUUUUGCCCUUCUUCCUUACACAAAAGGUGAAAAAAAUGGAAUUAAGGAGCAUUUUCCCAAGGUUUUGUUUGGGUUUUUCCGCCUGAUUUCCAGCUGUGCUGCACAUCUGGACGCUCAGAUGGUGUAAAAUUGGAUUUUGGAUCCCUGUGAGCCGUGUCUGAGCACAAAGGAUAAAAAAUUCCACAUUUCCCUGCUCGUGCUCCAGCAGGAGAAAUCGACGGAAGGGGCCAGGACGGAUCCCCAAACUGGGAAUGUUCUCUGGGGUGGUUCGGUGGCAGAAAACUGAGAAUAAAUAAAUGUAUUUAACUAGUGCUGUACAAAAAAAUAUGUUUGUUUUAAAAUAAAUGAUUUUAAGGAUUUAUUCUGAAAGAGGUAAUGAUUUUUAUAUAUAGAGAGAGAGAAAGAGAGAGAAAGUUUUUCUGGAAUAAAUGGCAAGGUACAAAAAAUAAAUAAUGAUAAUAAAGGAUUUUAUCCAUC